CUGCAGAUCCAAGGCAGCUGACUGGGCUGCCAGAAACCCGAAACACGUCGAGGACCAGGGAGUGGCUUGUGCCAGAGCUGAAUAAUGAUGAUCCUGGCACACUUAUAAAGAGAAGCAGAGAGCUCACAGAGCUGUUCCUUGCCGCCCUGGUCCUCUGCAGAGCAUCCCUGYGCCUCAUCCUCCAAGGUCCUUUUCCCGCCUGCAUCCCAGUGCAGCCAUGCUGGGUACGGCAGUGCGGCUCUCGGUCCUGCUCAGCCUCUUCAACGUUGGGAAAGGCCAGAUAUUUCAYAUGGGACCGUGCCCAGAUCCAUCAGUUCAAGAAGAAUUCGAUAUCCACAAGUAUUUGGGGAAAUGGUACGAGAUAGAGAAGCUGCCCUCAACUUUUGAGAAAGGAAGCUGCAUCCAGGCAAAUUACUCAUUGAAGGAGAACGGGAAGUUCAUGGUGAUCAACAAGGAGAUGCUUGCCAACGGCAAAAUCAAUGAGGCUGAAGGAGAGCUCAUGCACAUGGAUGUAAAGCAGCCGGCCAAGCUGGGUGUUCGCUUCAACUGGUUCAUGCCUGCAGCCCCUUACUGGGUCAUCUCCACCGACUAUGAAAACUACUCCCUGGUUUACUCCUGCACUAACAUCCUCUGGCUCUUCCACAUGGACUACGCCUGGAUUAUGUCAAGAACUCCUGAUAUGCACCCAGAAACCGUGGAGCACCUGAAGAGUGUUCUGCAGUCCUACAAGAUCGACACCGAUAAGAUGAUGCCCACUGACCAAGCCAACUGCCCUGCUGAGAUGUAACUCCUGGCAUGCAGUGAUGCAGCACYGCACCAGAGAGGAACUUUGCUGCUUGCUUUAUUAUCCAUUAGAAUUUCUCKAUGUACCUGAGAAAUUUAAUAACCUCUUUGCUAACUAUAGUUUGCCAGCCCAAAGUUACUCCUUGCUGUCAUUCCCCCAUUGCUCUUCCCCCUCUUUUUGUCUCGCUCUUUUGCAACUUAAUUGACUGAGUCAGUGCUAAUGGGCGAAAGAAAGAAACCCUGAAAGGCAGACACAAAACUCUGCUGYUGCUGUGAGCCCUCCAGUUCGUGGGUGGGAAAGGGUGAGAUGUGAUGUGCAAGAAUCAGUCCUGGGGAAAAAUUGUUCAUCACAYUGCCCCAGGUUUGUUUCCAAAUUUUGUCUUGAUGCUUCUGGGCCUGCCAGGAAUCUACGGUGUCUUAGCUAUGCUGUGGGCAGUGCCUUAGCAGCAGCAACAUCCAGACGUGGUGGGUCAGUCCUGGAGCCUGGGAAUUUAGGCUGGAGGUCUUGAAAGUUUUUCAGUGCAGGACUUCUGUAGGCAAAUGUUGCUGCUAAGUCAGCAKACCUCCUUGCUAAAAAUACACCCUUUGUAUUUUAAAUCUAAAAAUGUCCAGAGAUUCAGCAUCACUCCAUCCCCAGUGUCUAUAUGUGUCCUCUUGCCUCUAAUGAGACUGGUCCUGCCCUCCCAAGGGGCCAGCUCUGACUGUACUUGYAAGCAGACAUAAAGAGAUGGGGCUGCUCCCUUGUUCUGUCUUCCAGAGGCUUUUCCCUGAACACCAACAGACAGCAGGCUCUGCCAUCCUGCCCGCUGCUGGUGCACGUGCCGGGUGCCCGCUGGCACYGCAUCUGCCCUGGCAGGUGUUCAGCAGGCACCGCAACAGCUCUGCUUCARUAGCACUCA